AUGAAUGAAAUAGAAGAAAUUGAUGAAGAAAAUAAAAAACAAAAAGAAGAAGAAGAUCAAAAAUCAAUUCCUGGAUGGGGUAAUUGGGUUGGAGAAGGUAUUCAAAAGAAAACAAAGAAAAACAAAGAAGAAAAAAAACCACAUAAACGUAAAAAUACAAUUGUUUUCAAUCAAAGAUUUGACAACAAAUUUUCCAAGUAUACUUUAGAAAGAGUUCCAAAAGAAUUUGCUAAUGUUACUCAAUACAAAAAAUAUCUUAAUACUGCAAUUGGUAAAGAAUGGACAUCAUUAUUAACACACAAUAAAUUAACACAACCAGAAGUUAUUAUAAGAAAAGGAAUGAAUAUUGAACCAAUGAAACCAUUGCAUAAGAAGAAAAAUUGA